AUGUUAAGGUUCUACGUAAGUCUCGGAUUUAUAUGCAGGAAUCUCACGUUCCAGUUCGAACAAACGUCAGAAUUUGCCGGUGUUUUGGAGCAACUCGAGACCGAAUUCUACGCGCAGGCUCUGGCUAAAUUCCAGGAUUCGGAUUUUACCUCUGCUGGAUUCACAGAAGCGCAAGUUCCCAUACAACAAUUUGAGAAUAUCCAUAGCGAUGAAGCGACACAUCUGUCCGUGAUUAAUUCGACUCUUGAAUCUCUUGGAGCCUCCCCCAUAUCUGGUUGCGAAUUUGACUUCUCGAGUGCCCUUACGAACGUCUCUACUAUGGCCGCCACAGCCCGAGUUGUCGAAAACAUGGGUGUCUCCGCUUACUUGGGCGCGGCACAUAUGCUCUCCGAUGCUUCUCUCCUGACCGCGGCGGCUUCGAUCAUGUCUGUGGAGGCUCGGCAUCAAACCAUCCUGAACUUGCUCAACGACGCCACGUCCAUUCCACAAGCGUUCGAUAUCGCUCUGAACCCUAGCGAGGUGCUUGCCGUUGCAAGCUCCUUCGUAUCUGGGUGUGAUGUCGGCUUUUCCGCGAACACCCCGCUCACCGUAACGAACAACGGCCCUAUUGUGCAAGGCGAUACACUUUCGUUCUCGUCCACGGCUUUCGAUACUGACGGAAACGUCUCGCGUUCGCAGAACCUCAGCUGUCAAAUGCUCGUCGGAGGCGCAGCCGUGUCGAUCUCCCUGGAACUCAGCAGCUGUGUCGUCCCAUCCUCCAUUAACGGACCCGUCGCCGUUUUCGUCACGUCCGACUCGCAGCCGAUCAACAGCAACAUUCGCGAAAUGAACACCAACACUAUCGUUGCUGGGCCGGCGAUGAUCUUCGUAGACGCGCAGACUGAUUACCUGGGCGAGCUCGCGGUCGCCGGCACCGUCGCGGACAACAGCACGACCACUGGGAGUAGCACGUCGUCGGGGAAUAGCACGUCGUCGGGGAAUAGCACGUCGUCGGGGAGCAGCUCGGCUGGCGCUGCUGACAGCACCGCGACCGCGACUGCCGUGUCCAGCGUAGUCGUAAGCGCAAGCACUGCAGUCAGCACGGACGUCGCAUCUGCUACUGCCACCUCGGCAAGUACCGCCAGCGCAGCUGCCACUGUAGCCUCAAGCAGUGCGAACGCUGCCUCGGCAUCGAGCGCAACGAGCGCUAGCACGAUAACUGCGGCCGAGGCCGGCUCCACGACGGAGACAAUCUCGCCCGAGCAGGCCAGCUCAAUCCUGUCUGCUGCGAGUGCGGCGAGCGCCGCUGCGGCAACUGCUACUGGCGCGGCGGAUGUGGCGGCCCAGGCUUUGUCGACGCUUAUCGUCGCAGCACCCGCCAGCACGAGUGGGGCAUCCACGGACAUCGUAGCGUACCCCGGUGGACCGAACACGUACGUUGGGCCGUUAGGUGCUGUUGAUGUGUUGGGUUGGUCGACGACAUAG